AUGUUUGAGAAAAUAAAUAAUCAAGUGGAAUUUCCAAAAAUAGAAGAAGAAAUACUUGAAUUUUGGAAAAAAGAAAAUGUUUUUGAACAAUCAAAAAAUAUCAGAGAAAAAAACAAGACUUAUGUUUUUUACGAUGGACCACCAUUCGCUACUGGUUUGCCGCAUUAUGGGCAUAUUUUAGCAAGCACUAUUAAAGACAUCGUACCUCGUUAUUUUGCCAUGAAGGGAAAUUAUGUUGAAAGGCGAUUUGGCUGGGAUUGUCACGGUUUGCCUGUGGAGAUGGAAAUUCAAAAAGAGUUAGGAUUUAGCACUUCUAAAGAAAUUAUUGAAUACGGUGUGGAUCGCUUUAAUGAUGCUUGUCGCAAGAUUGUCCUUCGCUAUGCAGAAGAAUGGGAAAAGGUGAUCAGUCGGAUGGGGCGUUGGGUAGAUUUUAAAAACGAUUAUAAAACCAUGAAUAUCAGUUUUAUGGAAAGUGUUUGGUGGGUUUUUAAGUCUCUCUACGAUAAAGGUCUUAUCUAUCGUGGUUUUAAAGUGAUGCCUUAUUCAUGGAAAGCUGAAACCAUUCUCUCCAAUUUUGAAGAAAAUCUUAACUAUAAAGAAACUCAAGAUCAUGCUAUUACCGUUAAAUUACCUUUAGUGGAAGAUGAUAAAACUUUUUUCCUUGCUUGGACAACUACCCCUUGGACACUGAUUUCUAAUCUCGCAUUAGCAGUGGGUGGCGACUUGGAGUAUGCCAAAGUUAAAAGGGGUGAUGAAAUUUAUUAUCUAAGCGAUGCUAGUUUAAUUCGUUUAUUUAAAAAGGAAGAAGUGACAGUUAUUGAAAAACUAAAGGGUCGCGAUCUUAUUGGAAUAGAGUAUCAACCACUUUUUAACUUUGCUAGUAAGGAAAUUAAAGAUCAUAAAAAUGCUUUUCGAGUGCUUGAUGGAAAGGACUAUGUCAGUGAAGAAGAGGGAGUAGGAAUUGUUCAAAUGGCUCCUGCUUAUGGAGUAGAGGAUUUUGAAAUUUGCAGUCAAGCAGGAUUACCUUGUUUCGAUCCUAUUGACAAUGCUGGAUUUUUUAAUUCUAAAAUUGACUUCAUUGCUGGAAUGAAUUUUAAAGAAGCGGAAAAAAAAAUCAUACAAAAACUUAAAUCGCAAGGAAAAUUGUUCAAACAUGAAAGCAUCCACCAUAGUUAUCCUUUCUGCUGGCGUACGGAUACUCCCUUGAUGUAUAAAGCAAUCUCUACAUGGUUUGUUAAAGUGACCGAUUUUCGAGAUUCGAUUAUUUCGAAUAAUCAAAAAAUCCAUUGGGAACCUAAACAUAUUAAAAAUGGUCGCUUUGGCAAGUGGCUUGAAAAUGUCCAUGACUGGGCUAUCAGUCGCAAUCGUUUUUGGGGAACGCCUCUACCCAUUUGGGAGUCUGAAAACGGUGAUAUUUUGUGUUUUGGUGAUAUUGCUUCUUUAGAAAAGGCUUCUGGAAAGAAGGUAACAGACCUCCACAAGGAGUACAUGGAUGUCAUUGUCAUUGAAAAAGAGGGUAAAAAAUAUCGCAGAAUUCCAGAAGUGCUUGAUUGUUGGUUCGAAUCUGGGUCGAUGCCUUAUGGACAGAAUCAUUAUCCUUUUGAAAAUAAGGAAGCCUUUGAUAAAAACUUUCCAGCUCACUUUAUUUCUGAGGGGCUUGACCAAACUCGUGGGUGGUUUUAUACCUUAUUGGUUAUCUCCAGUGCUCUCUUUGAUAAACCUUCUUUUCAGAAUGUGAUGGUAAGCGGACUCAUUCUUGCAGAGGAUGGAAAGAAAAUGUCCAAAAGACUAAAGAAUUAUCCCGACCCUAGCUAUGUUUUAUCAAAUUAUGGAGCCGAUGCUCUUAGGGUCUAUCUCAUUAGUUCCAGUGUUAUUAAAGCUGAAACACUCAAGUUUUCUGAAAAUGGACUAAAAGAAAUUGUCAAGUCCAUCAUGAUCCCAUUGUGGAAUGUGUUUUCCUUUUUGACUACCUAUGCGAAUAUUGACGGGUGGGAUCAAAAUUCUCACUUUGAAGUGGAAGAGCUCCAUCAUCCUUUGGAUCGUUGGCUUUUCUCCUAUCGACAAACCUUAAUUGAAAAGAUUAAUCUUUCGAUGGAAAAUUAUCAGCUCUUCAAUGCAGUACCUCCUAUGAUUGAUUUCAUUGAAAAGCUCACCAACACCUAUGUGAGAAGGUCAAGAAAAAGGUUUUGGAAAAGCGAGAAUGAUGAGGAUAAAAAUCAAGCUUACUUCACCUUGUAUGAAAAUCUCAAAAGUUUUGCUGUCAUCCUCGCUCCUUUCAUGCCAUUUGUUAGUGAAAGAAUUUAUCAAGUUUUAAGAAGAGAAAAAGAUCCUAUUUCCGUUCAUCUAGAAGACUACCCUACUUAUCGAGUGAUUCAAGUUGAUAAGGAAUUAGAAAAAGAGAUGGAGUGGGUGGACAAAAUUCUCUCUAUGGCGAGGGCGCUUCGUCUUAAAAAUCGCUUAAAAAUACGCCAACCUUUAAAAAAGAUGAUCAUCGUCAAUAAAAAUCAUGCUUGGUUAAAAGAAAUAUUGAAUCAGAAUUUAACUACCAUUAAAGAAGAGAUCAAUGUAAAAGAAAUUAGCUUUGAAUUUAAUGAAAUAGAUUAUGUCGAGUAUCAAGCUAAAAUAGAUUUUCAAAAACUGGGUAAGAAAUUCGGAAGCAAGAUCAAGACCAUUAACAACAAGGUGACUUCCCUUAGCAAUGAAGAAAUUAUUCAUAUUCAUGAAAAAGGGAAUUUUUCUUUUGAUUUGGAUGGUGAGACAAUCACCCUGGAGCUUGCCGAUCUUGAUAUUCGCCGACAAGAAAAACAAGGACAUGUUGUAUUCAAUCAAGGAGAGCUUACCUGCGUUUUAGAUGUUGAACUUAACCAAGAUUUAAUCGAUGAAGGAUAUGCUCGUGAGUUUAUUAAUCGAGUGCAAAAGAAAAGGAAGGAAAUGGAUUUGAACUACACCGAUCGGAUUAAGGUUUUUUUCCACAGUUCUAAAGUUUUGAAAAAUGCCAUUGAAAAAAAAUCAGAUACCAUCGAGAAAGAAACUCUUGCUAAUGAAUUAUGUUUUGUGAACGACAAUGAGGAUGAUUGGUUAAAAGAUGCCGAGCAAGAUGAACUUAACGAAGAGCAAUGUCUUAUUAAGAUUACUAAAAUAAGAUUACUACUAAAAUAA